AAGACUGCUAAGUGCCAAAUGUUGAAGAAAGUCUCAAAGCAUCAACGACUUUUCCAGGUAUUUCUUCAGGAGCCCUGUGGAGUUAAAUGCAGUCUUGAUACUCAGUUUUGCUGAACGUUACCCGACGAAGUUCCUUCCCAGCCAGUGAAAAAAGGAUGGUUUGCGGUCUCGGCUGAAUAACUCUUAGAGAGCAAAAACAGUCCCUGCUCAGACUUCCAACAAAGUGUUGAAACCUGAACAGAUUGAAAUAGGACCUGAAUAGAGCGAAAUCUACUUAACUAUAUAACAAUACUAAAUUGAUUUACAUUCCGUUGAUUGUCAAUUGUUAAUUCUGAGACAGGAACUAGCGACACUUCUUAGAUGGAGAACCCUGGAGGUAAAGGACGGAAGGAUUCACAGGUGGUGUGUUGUUUUGCAUUUGUGCAGAGAAUGUCAAGCUUGUGUAUUUACAUUAGUAUUAAAAACUAUAAUAUAAAAGAAUAAGCAGUUUUGAGAUAGCCUUCUUGCAAGAUCAUUUUGCACUUCUUGAGAUCUCCCAGGGAUCCCUGCGUUUUCUGGACAGUUCACCCAAUAUCCCUGCAGCCUCCUGUGGAAGACACCCUGUGAGGGCACGCCCCAGGUCGCCUCGGCCAUGAGAGCUUGCUGACCGAUGUGAGGGUCGCCUACCGUGUGAGGAGCUUGGGUUAUCCCCCGAUCCCCGUGCUGAUGCUGACACAAAGUAGCUUUCAGCAGCUUGCCGCCGACCUUGGACAGCACGGAGCUUCUGCACAGGGCUCCUUCCAGAUCCUCCCGGAUGCCUUCCCUCGGCGCACGCUGCGGCGGCGCCUGUGCCAGGAAGUGGCCUUUGGCUUGUCUGGAAUUUGGCUGCUUUAUGGCAUCAUGGAAUGUUGCCACGUGGAUGCCGGAGAUGAGUUCCUGGCGGCUGAGAGGGAGGCCCAACGUCAGCAGGUGCCCUGCUUGUGCAUCGAUCUGGAUAUGGACCGGCUGUGCAGUCGCUUCGCCGCCGCGGCGGUGCCGUCGCCCCGGAAUGUGCUGAAGGCCAUGGGCGCGUGGCUCUCGGUGCCGCGCCAUGCGCUGCGGAUUGGUUUUCCUUCCACCUGUGAUGUGGAUGUGCUGGGCUGCACUGCUUUGCACUUUGGGAGCUUCCGGCUUCGCACUUGCCUGAGCUUCAUCCUGGGUGCCUUUGGUGCCAGUGCUCUUGUCGCGCUGCUCCUGCUGCUGCUGGGCAGCGGCGCUGAAAGCGCUGCCGAGGGUGCUGGUGUGGUGAAGCCGGAGUCACCGGAGGACCGCCAGGCAGUGAUCUCAGACAUCCUGCUGGCCAUUGAGAUGUACAUGCUCCCUUGUAUUUACUCAGCCAUGGUGGUGGCCAGAGAUGAGGCCAUGUACCAGUCCAUGGCCUCACAGGUGCGAUCGGUGUCCAGCACCUGUCACCGCGUGGUGGUGGUCGUUGGCUGUGCCCAUGCCAAUGGGCUUCUUCAGCGAAUUAGAAUGCAUGGUCUUUAAAUAGAAAA